AUAAAACAUUAACAUUUUCAAAAUAAACAAUCUCAAAAUUACUCUAAUGGCGCGGAAGAAACCCUCUUGCUCAACCUCCAGCAAUUUCACUCCAAUUUCAAUUGGAAAUUGCGAGGUUUUUGUUGAUGGAGCUGAUAAGAGUUUCAAAUGUGAAUCAAAUCAGGAUUCUGUGCUUAUAUCUGCUUCAAAAAUGAUCAAAAUCAAAAUUUCAGUGGUGGAAGGUAUAAACAAAAGCCAAAAAUUGGAUGAAAAUGAGAAAGAAGAAGGAUCUACUUCGUCUGUCGAUUGUCGAUUUAUGCUUAUUAGUCCUAAAGAUGCUGGUAGUCGUACCAAGUCUAUGCUUCAGGAUAUAUUAAGUUUAUACAUUAAAGAGCUGCCUGCCAUGAACUAUGCUGCUAACACUGGAAAACAAUCGUCAUUCCUUGAAAGAUGUGUUUCAAGCGGGAAGUUCUGCACCCUUGUUUUGAGUCAGAAGUGUACUGAAGCCUCGGACAAGGUUAUUGCAGCAAUUACUUAUCAAAUUAUCCCGACCGAUACACAGUAUGCUGAAAUUCCACUAGCUGCCGUUAGUUCAUCAUGCCAGCACAAGGGUGUAGGUCGACUCUUGUACAUGGAAUUAAGAAAGAGACUUCAGGAUGUUGGCAUAUCCACUAUUUUGUGCUGGGGAGACAAAGAAUCAGAAGGAUUUUGGCAUAAACAGGGAUUUGUAUCAAUAGCAGAGGUGAAUACCAAAGGUAGAGUUCGUAAGCUUCCUAUCAGAGCAGAUAUACGUCGGGCACUAUGCUUUCCUGGUGGUUCAACACUCAUGGUUACUCAUCUAAAUGAGAAUCUCCAUGAUAUUGGGGUUUAUUCGGUAAAGUUGUGCUUGGACUCAGCCAAGAAGUCAACUUCAGCAACUGAUGAGUUUUACAGCCUAGCGGGUACUGAGGAGGCUUUUGCUUCAGCAUUAGGAAAUGAGAAUGUCCAAGAAAACCUACAGCUAGAGCCAAAUGAGAGCAUAUCAGUACAAAGCCACCAGCAUUUGGUUACCCAGGAGAAAGUGGAUGGUGAUGCAGUAGGUGAAUCAUUAUCUGCCGAAGUGGUUGCCAAACAAAUUACUUCAACCUAUAAACGGAAUACAAAGAGGAGGGUUUGGGAAACUUCCUCUUCGUCAUUGAACUCCAAAAGAGUAAAGGCUGCUCAAGUUUUAGAUCAGUCAUGUUCGGAUUCUGUUAUGGUUUCAAACAAGCAAGGCAAAGAUGAUUUUCCUUCUAAUGGGGGUUUCUUGGGAUUAGAAGAAAAUAUGUUAUCGAUGAAGGACAAGACUGUAAAUUCUUCAAUGGCUUCUGACGGUUCUGAGGCAAGGGGAAUGUACCAUAAUAUCAUGUUAAUGGAUAUUGCUGCUGGACCUAAAAAAGUUUAUCUUACAAAGAUAGUAGAAGACCUUGGUGGAGCUAUCACUGCUGAUGGAAGCUCAUGCACGCAUGUUCUUGUAGGAAAAGUCAGAAGAACGUUGAACUUCUGCACUGCUUUAUGUUCUGGGGCUUGGAUACUCUCACCAAAUUGGCUAAAAGAAAGUUUCAGGAAAGGCACAUUUGUUGAUGAACAUCCCUUCCUUCUCAAGGAUGAGGAUUACUUAAUGAAGUACAGGGUUGAUCUAGAAGAAGCUGUUCUUAGAGCCAGAAGAAAUCCUCUAAGACUGCUCAAAGGAUAUACUGUCUGCCUUACAACUCAUGUUCAUCCCCCUAUUAACAUGCUAUCAGCCAUUGUCAAAUCUGCUGGUGGUGAUGUACAUGUUGGUUUUAGCAAAAGAAGCGAAAAAUCAAGUACAAUCUUUGUUGCAAGUGAAGAAGACAUGGAAGAAGCACUGCUAGCUGUGAAGAAUGGCCUUCGAACUUUCAGUAGUGAGUGGUUUAUGACCUGUAUUAUGAAACAAGAACUUGAUUUGGAUGCUCCUCAGUUUGCAGAAUCUCUUUGAGAUCUAUCAAGUUCUACUCUCCUAUGCUUUUUCAGGACAGAAUUAGUGAGUAGAUGUAAAUUUUUAACAUAAUAAUGUAUUUAAUAUUUAGUAUUUAUGGAGUGGGAGGAGUUUAAGUUAGCUAGUGCAGGCUGAAAAUCUGUAUCAUUUUGCUGAAAUUGUGGAGGGAUUGAAUUGGAUAAAGGAAUCGGCUUGAGUUUUAUCAUUCUCUGAGAGCCUAUGGCUUAUUAUUUAGGUUUUGUUUUUUUAUUUUCUUAUUCCAAUUAAAAAAAUCAGUAAGUACUAGGUGAAUAGAACAAGACCAUAUACAUUAAGUUUUAUUUGUUUGUACCAAAAAAAAAAAAAAGGGUUUUUCUACACAAUAACCCUCUUGAUUUCAAUUUUUUAUGUUGUACUUCUCCAUAUAAUACUUCCAAACUGUAACCUGCAAGUACAUUUAGUAAUUAAUAGCCAUAGAGUAAACUUGCCGUUAUCUCGUUAACAAAUUCCGUUAGUGAGGCUCACCCUCCACUUAUUAAUAUUUUUUUAUCGAUUUGCGUGUUAGAAAAUGUUCCGUUAAAGGUUUUGG